AUGUCAUCCAACGGAGGCGCCUCCACGUACGAGGCUGCCGACAAAAUUCCCCCUUGGCGUCAGUACUUUCGAGAGAAGCAGCGCGAGUAUCGCCGCAAGAGGAUUGCUGACGGGGCGACUGCAGGUCGCCAUCCAUGGCGCCGCGUGAAGCAAGCGUUGGUCCGUUGUCCUGGUAUUCCACUACCACAGCGUUCAAAAGACAAGCCCAUCGUGCCUUACGAAGGCGCCCUGCAACGCUUUGUCGUGAUGAACAUUCCGCCACACAUUUCCCUCAGCGAUGCGUGGCAGAAUGCGACAUUGGCGGUCGACCCGAGUGCUCGAAACCUGGGCAAGGAGUGGCUCACGCAGCAAAUGAACCACAACAUGCACGAGGCCUUCGUGUUGCUUCCUACCGUGAGAUUGGAUGAGGAUUUUGUCCAUGUCGACAUGCAAAUGACGGACGACGGCACGGUGCAAAUGUUUCGACGCGUGGUCGAGUCCAACAUGCGGGUGGUGAUUUACUACUACAAUCCCAUCGAAAUGGCAAAGAUGACAUCCAACACUCGCCUGUUUCAUACGACCACAUCUGAAGGCAUCUUUGUGAACACGCUCCAAGGACACUUCGCUGAAGCCAACCGGUUCGUCGCCAUGGUCAUGUGCCAAGUCGAACACGACCAAGCUUAUGUGUGCCAGCCCACCCCCUCCACCAGCAGCUGCACUACAGACCGAGGUUCGGCAAGUUAUCGCCAACUCACAUCGUGGUACGUGUUGUCAACCAUAUAG